UCCCAAACGCGGAAGUAAAGUCAACAUAUUCAGGUAUACGCAAUUCCGGGCCGUCUUCCUCCUGUGACAAAUGUAUAUUAUUGUAAAAACUUCUUGUGACUAUGACGAAGUUCAAGCAAAUUCUCUCUUUAAUCAAGAUCUGUGUCUCAGUGUUGCUUACUGUGCUUGUGAGAGAUAUGACGCUCAUCUUUUAUCAGUCUGAAUAUAAGACAAAGUUCGGUCGAAUGUUCGUAUAUCGCAUAUGAUCGUGUCAUAUCAUAUCAUCUUGUGACCAGCAAUCAGAGUUGUGGUUUGAACGACUUUCUCUGGGGUCUCACACCUUCAACCGCAGCGAGCAGAGUCAGUAUCAUGGUGUUGGGGGGUAUUGUUUUGUUACUGCUGGCGUUAGGUUGUGCGCAUGGCGGCGUGUUAGAGGACUAUGUUAACAGGUAUGAUCCCCACUACACGUACGAGGUGCUGAAGGACCACACCUACAGAGGGCCUGACUUCACCCUGUAUGUUCUCAACAUGACGUCUCAGAAGUGGAAAGAUGAGACCGUGGUUACCAACCCCAUCUGGUGGCACUACCUGACUAUAACAGUUCCUGAUAAACUGGUAUUCAAAGACUCGGCGUUCAUUUUGAUUGAUGGCGGCUCCAACCAUGCCGGCACUUCCAGUGUGAAGGACAACUUUGUUUCUCUCACAACCAUGAUGGCUGCCAGUACAGGAUGUAUUGGGGCCGAUCUGAAAAUGAUACCAAACCAACCUACAACAUUCCUGGCUGACCCGACCCACAAGGCCCGGUCAGAGGACGCAGUGAUAGCAUGGACAUGGAAGACGUUUGUGCAGGUCAACUCCUCCGAUCCAGAAUUCCUACUCCGCUUCCCUAUGACCAAGGCCACCGUGAGAGGGAUGGACACCAUAGCCAAUUUUUCGCAAAGUCUGCUGGAUAUUAACAUAGACAGGUUUUAUGUGGCCGGAGCUUCAAAGCGUGGGUGGACGACGUGGACAACAGCAGCCGUGGACCCCCGCGUCAAGGGAAUCAGCCCCAUCGUCAUGGACCUGUUACAUAUGGUCAAAAAUCUUCACCAUCACUUCCGAGCCUAUGGAGGCUGGACAUUUGCGUUUAAGGACUACUAUGAACUGAACUUCACUGAGUCGUUAGACAACCCCAACACCCAAAAGAUGGCCGACGUCAUAGACCCAAUUUCGUACAACGACAAGCUAACAAUGCCAAAGCUGAUCAUCAGUACAGGUGGGGACGAGUUCUUUCUCCCCGACGACUCCCACUACUACUACAAAGACCUCAAUGGACCAAAAUACCUCAGAAUAUUACCGAACGCUGAACAUAGCUGUGCCGGACAUGAGAUCAGCUUGUUGUUUACCAUGCGAGCUUUCUUCCUGUCAAUUAUGUCUGCGUCUCCACUACCGAAGUUUUCUUGGGUUAGAGAAUUGACCGCCAAUGGAGGUAAAAUAACCGUGACCACGGAGACGGAGCCACUGACUGUGACGGCCUACUGGGCCAAGACGAUAGGAGGAGAAAGGCGUGACUUCCGUCUGCUGGUGGGCACCCCUGGCGACCCCGACAAACCGUUCCCCCACCCAGUCAUCUGGCACAGUCAGUCAACAGAAUAUGUGGGUAACAACACGUAUGUGGUAGAGUUUGAAAACCCCGAGGUGGGAUGGAGAGCCUUCUUUAUACAGCUGACGUUCCGUGGUGUCAACGACUCUGUGCUGGAGUUCACAACGGAGAGCCAGAUCAUCCCCGAUACCUUCCCCUUCCCUGACUGCAGUGGAGAAAGUUGCCGAGGGACGCUUGUCUGACCAGUGAUAAUGUUUGAUAAUGUCAUAGUGUUUCAACUAUUUCUUGUCGACCUGUUUGUUUUGUGUUUAACGCCACAGUCCGCACUAUUUUAGCUGUUUCUAGUCGACCUGUAAAUAUACAAGCGUACAAACCAGUGACUGAAAUCAUGAGCAACAAUCCACGACAUCUUGGUGCUGUGACACGCAGCAGUCACUGAACCUGACCACUGGAACCAUCAUGGCAUCCUUGGGACAAUUACAUGUUACCAGGAACCUGUUGCUGUCUGGACUCCCACGAUGUGAUGUGUCAGUGCCAUAUACCAUGGUUGUAUUGUCCAUGGACUAGGGGUAUAUUGGAGUGUGCCAACCACAUGGUUAUCGGCCCUUUAGUCUAAAUCCACAUGAAACCGUUUCUAUUUUUAAUGUACUUAUUGUUCAAAUAAAAGUGUUGGGAAAUGGU